AACUCCAUGUUUGCACGUACCCUCUAUACCAACUAUGGGAUUCGUGCACAGAUCAAUUUCAAAAGACCAGCACGGGAGGCUGACUCGAUUCUUCCUUACGAGCAUUGCUUUUUGCUUUCCAUAGGCGACGGUCUUGAUGGGAAGAAAGGUCGAGCACAUGGAGGGUUCAGUGCAUUGCUAAUGGAUCAAAUGACUGGAUCGGUUGCAUUUCAGUUAUUCGGCGGUCUGCCACCGGCCACGGCUACCAUGACGGUAGACUAUAAACAACCUAUCGACACCCCAGGAGUUGUCUUGUGUCGAGGUUGGGCCGUUGAGAAAUCUGGCCGAAAGGUCUGGGUUCGGGCAUGCCUUGAGAGCGAUGGACGGAUUCUCGCAUCCGGAAAGGCACUCUUCAUC